AUGAGCAUGUCAGAAAGUGCGCAACCAUCUGGUGAUGAGGUCGAAGAUUUCAAGGAACAAGAUCGGUUUCUUCCGAUUGCAAACGUUGCACGAAUAAUGAAACGUGCUCUUCCAGAAAAUGCAAAAAUUGCUAAAGAAGCUAAAGAAUGCGUCCAAGAAUGCAAAAGAAAAACGAUUAACGGAGAAGAUAUUUUAUGGGCCAUGCAAUCUUUAGGAUUUGAAAAUUAUGCAGAAGCACUAAAGAUAUAUUUAGGAAAAUAUAGAGAAACCACCAAAAUUGAACGCUCUUCUGCAAAUGCGAAAGAUAAGGAAGAGGAUGCUACGAAUGUAAACGAUACAUUUCCGCAACAACCAGGAUUUUAUUCGGUACAUCAACCUUAUCUUGGUGAUAAUUCUUCCGGGUAA